AGAUAGAUAGAUAGAUAGAUAGAUAGAUAGAUAGAGAGAGAAAAAGUGAGUGAGCGAGAGAGUAACAGAGAGAGAGAAAAAGAGAGAGAGAGAGAGUUGGUCAGAGUGGGUAAGAAGGGAGUCUAAAGAGAGCUGGAGGAAAGAGGAUGCUGGAAUAGAAAGCAAGGGGCUCUGAAAGCAAAGCGGAGGAUGAGGACAGCGAAAGGAUCAUCGGACAGUCCAGCAGUCGCAGAGCUGGUCAGUUUCAUCCGCAGCCUUUCGCUUAUUUCUCCAAGCCUAUGCAAGCAGUAGCAGCACCCAUGGACCUCAUUCCCAUGGACCAAGCAGCCCUUAGCUGAAUGGCAUUCAGGCGUUGCCAAGGAUUCGGAUGUCUAAGAAGAAGAGGAGCACGGCAGUCGCCAAUCAGAAGCCCAGAUUAGUCGGCUCCCCAGGCAGGUCCCCCCAGGCCAGGCCGGGGCCACCAUGGGGAUAGAACGAGGCCCGAGGGCCACGCUGGCCUUCACGCUCAACUGCGCGGCCUUCGCCUUGGCCGUCUCGGCCGUCACCACCAGCUACUGGUGCGAGGGGACCAGGAAGGUGGCCAAACCCUUCUGCACCGGACCGGUGAAGGUCAAGCAGACCUACUGCAUCCGCUUCAACAGCUCUGACAUCAACAACACGCGCCUGGUGCAGUACAUCUACGAGACCGGGGAGGAGAAGUUCCUCAUGAGAAAGUUCCACACGGGUAUCUGGUUCUCAUGUGAACAAGCUGUCGACCUAGUAGGAUUUUCCUGUAGAGAAUUCUUGGAGAUCACUCCAGAUCAUGAAAGAGGGGUGCUCUGGUUGUGUAUUGUUGGGGAAUGUCUGUACAUCUCUCUGCUCUUUACUGGAGGUGCCCUCAUGAUGGUGGAGAUGUGCCAAUGCUGCAACAUGAUGAACAGACUCAAGCUCAACGCCUUCGCUGCCCUGUUUACUGCACUCUCAGGCCUUUUCGGAAUGGUAGCACACAUGAUGUUCACUACAGCUUUCCAGCUUGCAGUCAUUAUGGGUCCGGAAGACUGGAAGCCUAAAACCUGGGACUACAGCUGGUCCUACCUUUUGGCGUGGGCCUCCUUCGCUACCUGUAUGGCCUCUGCCGUCACCGCCCUCAACCACUACACCAAGACCAUCAUCCAGUUCAAGUUCAAGCGGCGGAACAUCGAGAAGAACCUGCGCAUCAAGCAGAAGCUUCUGGAACUAGACAUGCCUGAAGGCUUAUGGGACCUUUACCUCACCCCAGACACUGAUACUGUAGAUCAGCACGUGAACUUACCAGUGAAUGGCAUCAAACCGCACUGUUCUCCAGUCCUGGACACUGGAGCGCUGGACUCGCAGGGUGAAGAGUACUGCUGAAGCUCUUCAUUCUUCUUACUUUUCUCUCUUAAACAACCAAGUGUGACUUUCUCAGCAUACUUUUACAGCUUAUGUUGUGUUGCUAAUUUGAACCAGUCCAGUUCAGUUCAUUUGGGCAGGUGUAAGCAAUGACAUUGACCACCAGAAGGUCUGUGCGCCUCCAAAAGAGCAGAAGUUUGGAUUUUUAAAAGCACUGCCCACAUAAUUAGCAUUUGAGCUGGUAGUGUGGCAGAGGAGCAGUAAAUUAGUAAGAAACUUAGUGUUUUAAUGGAUUGCAGAUUACGUUUUUGACAUGAUGUUACUGAUGUGGUUUUAUUAUAUUAAAGUUGCCAAA